ACCAUGCGGAGCGCCCGGGCACUGCUGCUCGCCCUGGCCCUGCGGGUCUACGCGCUGGACACCGAGACGCCCGCCGCUGGCUGCACCUUCGAGGAGGACAGCGACCCCAGCCAGUGCGAGUUCAGCCAGGGCGAGGACGAUGACUUCGACUGGGAGCUCCUCCGCAGUUACCUGAUGCCUCACCUGAUGCCUGACCUGCCUCACGGCUCCUACCUGAUGGUGAACUCCUCUCAGCACACCCCAGGCCAGAAAGCUCACCUGCUCUUCCAGGCACUGAGUGAGAAUGACACCCAUUGCCUCCAGUUCAGCUACUUCAUGUUCAGCCGGGACGGGCACAGCCCCGGCACCCUCAGCGCCUACGUGUGGGUGACGGGGGGCCGUGUGGGCAGCGCCGUGUGGAACGCGUCCGGCUCGCACGGCCGCCAGUGGCACCAGGCAGAGCUGGCAGUCAGCCUGUUCUGGCCCAGCGAGUACCAGGUGCUCUUCGAGGCGGUGGUUUCCAGCGAGCGCAGGGGGUACCUGGGCCUGGAUGACAUUCUGCUCCUCAAUUAUCCGUGCUCGAAAGCGCCUCAUUUCUCCCGCCUUGGUGACGUGGAGGUGAACGCAGGACAGAACGCCACCUUCCAGUGCGUGGCCGCUGGCAAGGCCGCCGAGGCCGAGCGCUUCCUCAUGCAGAGGCAGAGCGGCCAGGUGGUCCCUGCCGCCUCGGUGAAGCACAUCAGCCACCGGCGCUUCCUGGCCACGUUCCAGCUGGACGCGGUGUCCAAGGCGGAGCAGGACCUGUACCGCUGUGUCACCCAGUCCGCCCGCGGCGCCGGCGUCUCCAACUUCGCCGAGCUCAUUGUCAAAGAGCCCCCCACCCCCAUUGCUCCCCCUCAGCUGCUGCGGGCCGGCUCCACCUACCUGAUCAUCCAGCUCAACACCAACUCCAUCAUCGGCGACGGCCCCAUCGUGCGCAAGGAGAUCGAGUACCGCAUGACCUCGGGGCCCUGGUCGGAGGUGCACGCUGUCAACAUGCAGACCUACAAGCUCUGGCACCUGGACCCCGACACGGAGUACGAGAUCAGCGUCCUGCUCACCCGGCCCGGGGAGGGGGGCACCGGCAAACCGGGGCCGCCCCUCAUCAGCCGCACCAAGUGUGCAGAGCCCAUGAGAGCCCCCAAGGGCCUGGCUUUCUCUGAAAUCCAGUCCAGACAGCUGACACUGCAGUGGGAGCCGCUGGGCUACAACCUGACCCGCUGCCACACCUACACCGUGUCCCUGUGCUACCGCUACUUCGUGGGCAGCGGCCACAACCAGACCUUCCAGGAGUGUGUGAAGAUGGAGCGCAAUGCCAACCGCUACACCAUCAAAAACCUGCUGCCCUACAAGAACAUCCACGUCAAGCUCAUCCUCUCCAACCCCGAGGGGCGCAAGGAGGGCAAGGAGGUGAUAUUCCAGACGGAUGAGGAUGUGCCUGGCGGCAUCGCCUCCGAGUCCCUCACCUUCACCCCGCUGGAGGACAUGAUAUUCCUGAAGUGGGAGGAACCGGUGGAGCCCAACGGCCUCAUCACGCAGUACGAGAUCAGCUACCAGAGCAUCGAGUCCUCAGACCCCGCGGUGAACGUGCCGGGCCCGCGGCGCACGGUGUCCAAGCUGCGCAAUGAGACCUACCACGUGUUCUCCAACCUCCACCCCGGCACCACCUACCUGUUCUCGGUGCGGGCCCGCACUGGCAAGGGCUUUGGCCAGACAGCUCUCACCGAGAUCACCACCAACAUCUCCGCUCCCACCUUUGACUACGGGGACAUGCCAUCGCCUCUGAGCGAGUCAGAGAGCACCAUCACGGUGCUGCUGCGGCCGGCGCAGGGCAGAGGGGCUCCCAUCAGCACCUACCAGGUGAUCGUGGAGGAGGAGCGGCCCAGGAGGCUGAGGCGGGAGCUGGGGGGACAGGAGUGCUUCCCGGUGCCGCUCACCUUCGACGACGCCGUGUCCCGCGGCUCCGUGCACUACUUCGGGGCAGAGCUGCCUGCCAGCAGCCUCACCGAGGCCAAGCCCUUCACCGUGGGGGACAACCAGACCUACAACGGCUACUGGAACCCGCCCCUGGAGCCCAAGAAGGCCUAUCUCAUCUACUUCCAGGCCAUGAGCAACCUCAAAGGGGAAACUCGGCUGAACUGUGUCCGGAUCGCUCGCAAAGCUGCCUGCAAAGAGAGCAAGCGUCCCCUGGAGGUGUCACAGCACUCGGAGGAGAUGGGUCUGAUCCUGGGGAUCUGUGCUGGGGGGCUCAUCGUCCUGAUUAUCCUGCUGGGAGCCAUCAUUGUGGCCAUUCGGAAAGGGAGGAACUACUAUUCGUACUCCUAUUACCCGAAGCCCGUGAAUAUGACCAAAGCCACCAUAAACUACCGGCACGAGAAGACGCACAUGAUGAGCGCCAUCGACAGGAGCUUCACUGACCAGAGCACCCUGCAGGAGGACGAGCGCCUGGGGCUGUCCUUCAUGGACACCCACGGCUAUGGGAACAGAGGUGAGCAGCGCAGCAGCGUGGUCAACGAGUCCAGCAGCCUCCUGGGGGGCUCCCCACGGCGCCAGUGCGGCCGCAAGGGCUCCCCGUACCACACGGGGCAGCUGCACCCCGCCGUGCGCGUGGCCGACCUCCUGCAGCACAUCAACCAGAUGAAAACAGCCGAGGGCUACGGCUUCAAACAGGAGUAUGAGAGUUUCUUUGAAGGCUGGGAUGCUUCGAAGAAGAAAGACAAGACCAAAGGGAGACAGGAUCAUGUGUCCACAUACGAUCGUCACCGUGUGAAGCUGCACCCGCUGCUGGGUGACCCCAACUCCGACUACAUCAACGCCAACUACAUCGACAUUCGGAUUAACCGAGAAGGCUACCACAGGUCCAACCACUUCAUAGCCACACAGGGGCCCAAGCAGGAGAUGGUGUACGACUUCUGGCGCAUGGUGUGGCAGGAGCACUGCUCCAGCAUCGUGAUGAUCACCAAGCUGGUGGAGGUGGGCCGGGUGAAGUGCUCCAAGUACUGGCCGGAUGACUCCGAGAUGUACGGGGACAUCAAGAUCACGCUGGUGGAGUCAGAGACGUUGGCUGAGUACGCCGUGCGCACCUUCGCCCUCGAGAGGCGGGGUUACUCGGCCCGGCACGAGGUGAAGCAGUUCCACUUCAUGUCGUGGCCCGAGCACGGCGUCCCCUACCACGCCACAGGGCUGCUGGCCUUCAUCCGCCGGGUGAAGGCGUCCACGCCGCCCGACGCCGGCCCCAUCAUCAUCCACUGCAGUGCUGGCACGGGGAGGACUGGCUGUUACAUCGUCCUGGAUGUGAUGUUGGACAUGGCUGAGUGUGAGGGCGUCGUGGACAUCUACAACUGCGUGAAGACCCUCUGCUCUCGGAGGAUCAACAUGAUACAGACGGAGGAGCAGUACAUCUUCAUCCACGAUGCCAUCCUGGAGGCCUGUCUUUGUGGGGAGACCAGCAUCCCCGCCAGCGAGUUCAAGCCCACCUACAAGGAGAUGGUGAGGAUAGAGCCACAGAGCAACUCCUCACAGCUGCGGGAGGAGUUCCAGACCCUGAACUCGGUGACCCCACACCUGGACGUGGAGGAGUGCAGCAUCGCGCUCCUGCCCCGCAACCGGGAGCGCAACCGCAGCAUGGACGUCCUGCCGCCCGACCGAUGCCUUCCCUUCCUCAUCUCUGUGGAUGGAGACAGCAACAACUACAUCAACGCGGCCUUAACUGAUAGCUACACCAAGAGUUCUGCCUUCAUUGUCACCCUGCACCCGCUGCAGAACACCACCACCGACUUCUGGCGGCUGGUGUACGACUACGGCUGCACCUCCAUCGUCAUGCUCAACCAGCUCAACCAGUCCAACUCUGCCUGGCCCUGCCUGCAGUACUGGCCCGAGCCGGGGCUGCAGCACUACGGCCCCAUGGAGGUGGAAUACAUCUCUGGAGUGGCGGAUGAGGACGUCAUUUCCCGGCUCUUCCGAGUCCAGAACAUCACACGGUUGCAGGAGGGGCACCUGAUGGUCCGGCACUUCCAGUACCUGCGCUGGUCAGCCUAUCGAGACACCCCCGACUCCAAGAAGUCCUUCCUGCACCUCCUGGCCCAGGUGGAGAGGUGGCAGAAGGAAAGUGGUGAUGGCAGGACUGUGGUGCACUGCUUGAAUGGAGGUGGCCGGAGUGGCACCUUCUGUGCCUCCACCAUGAUCCUGGAGAUGAUCAAGUGUCACAACAUGGCCGAUGUGUUCUUCGCUGCCAAGACCCUCCGCAACUACAAACCAAACAUGGUGGAGACCUUGGAGCAGUACCAUUUCUGCUACGACAUAGCCCUGGAAUACCUGGAGUCCCUGGAGAGCAGAUAGCACCUGGCCACCAGAGGGGCAGCAAGGGCUUGGGCAGGCGCUGUGCCCAGCUGGACACCGUGUCCCUGCUUGGGGUGGGGAGGGAAACAGCCAAGGAGCCACCAGGAAACUCUUGGGAUCCGGACAGCGAAAGGACGUGGAGAUGUGUUGGCCGCUCUCCAUCGUCACCCUCCUCUCUCCUUUCCUCCCUGCCCUGGGAGGAUCCCAGAGCUCAUCCCGUUCCCUGGAAUGGCAGCCUGGGCUUGGUGUGUGUGGGAUGAGGCCCUGCAGGGUCCCUGCAGCUGCUGGAGAGGAGCCCAGGGAGGGAAGAACACCAGGCCAGAAGGAGCUGGGGCUGUUUCCCAGCAGGGAAGAUGGAUACUGGGAGAUGUUUUUCUUUUUCUGUGGAAUUGAAGCUGCUCCUUGAGGAGCCUGGAGGCUGCCAGAGGUGUUCCCUCGGUGGGAUUCGCUCUGAGGCGGAGCAAAGACCCCCAGGAGCUGUGGAGUUUCUGCCUGUUGGCCCCAUGAGGUGGAUCCUGUUGUAGUUCUGGGAGUUCUGAGCCUGUGUAUCCAGGGGUGAGGGCUGGGGGCACUGACCUGGACCCUCCUGGUGCUUCCACAGAGCUUCUGAGGGGAUGAUGGUUCCCCAGCAUCUCCACACCUUCCUCUCGACCUGUAGCACUGAACUGCUCUGAUGUCCCACAGGCCCAUGGCUCUGUUUUUAACCCUUUCCUUGUGUGUGUCCUCAAAAUCCUCAAAAUCUGGCUCCAUCCCAAAUACUUCCUGGGCAGUUUUCUGUUGAUGCUCUUGGCUUUUGCUGGGCCUGGUGAGGUGGGAGGAUGGAUUUUGGGGGGUGUUGGCUUGGGCUGAGCUGUGCCCAAGGUGUGGCUGUGGCUCUGGGGCUGCGCAGGGGAAGGUGCCCACGCCCCUGUGCCACCAGGGCUGGUGGCUGGAGGUACCUGAUGGUUUUUAGCUCCAUCCUGCUGCAGGUGGGUGUGAAAUGACACUUUUCCCAUCUGAUGUUGAGGUAAUUACAGGGACUCUGCUCUCAGCCUGGUUGUAAUGAAGUAAACAGCCUUGGGAAGGUGCAGCCAGAGAGAGCCAGGUCUGGGAGCUGAGGGAGGCUGGCUCUUUCCUGGGGGCCAGGCAGAACCCUUCACCAUCACUUUUGGGAGGGAUGGAGCAGAGCAGAUGAGAAACUCCAGGUGCUGGAGGUUUCCUGGGGGCAGCCCUGUCCUCCACCAUCCUCCAGCCCCACUCCCCCCAGGGCUGGAGAUCCCUUUGCCCAGGGAAUCGUGAAGGCUGCACAGCUGAAAUGGCUGUGCUGGAGCCAAACCCAGAUGUUUCCAUCCAUCUUCUCCAAGGGUGAGGGAGAGCAGGAAGAGCCUCCCGUGUCUCCCCUCUGGGGAUGGGGAUUUCAGCACCAGCCCAGACCCUUGGCUCUCCCUCCUCCUCCCUGAGGAAUUCACAGCCUGACAAUAACUUAUUCCAAGGGCUAUACGACCUCAUUCCUUCCUUCUCUCCAUCCCUGCUGUCUCACCUGCUGUGUGCCCAUCCUGUCUUGUCACCACCAGGUGUUUUUGACCCCCAGACGAUCCGGCUGCACCAGUCCCCCCACUGGGAUAAUGUCCUUUUCCCAGUCCCCAGCUCUCCACAGAGCUGUCUGUGCUGUCCCAGGGAAGGUGCUGCAUGCAGAAAUUGUUUGGUUUUGUGUGAGAAGGGCUGGGCUGAGCCUCUGAAAUCCCUGGAAUGGAUGGUUUGGGAGCUGUCCAGCCCCUGGAGCUGGAGGGAUGCUGGCACCCACAUUGUCCCCGUGGUCCCGAGGCAGGGAGUGUCCACGGGGCUCUCCAGGUAAAGAAUUGCCAGAAAGAGAAAGAGGAGGAGUUGGAACCUGUUGGUCCUACAGAGACAACUGGAGCAGCUGUAUAUAUGUUUUGAAAUCAAGAUUUUUUCCUUUUUAUUUUAUUUUGAUACCUCCUUGCUGGGUGUCUCUGGGUUUUUAGGGCAUCUCUGGUGCAGGGCAGGUUUUGAAAUCCAAGUGCUAAAAAACCCAACCCAGCUCCUGCUGAGAUGCUCCUCUGACACGAGGCAAGGACAUCCUGUACAUAGAAAUAUAUAUAUAGAAAUCUAUAUAUAAAAAUAUAAAUACCGUUCUUAAGAUGGAUAAUGUUUAUUGGUAUUACAGAUUGGAGUGGUGCUUUUUUUUUGUUAAAUAAAAACAAAACAACAAAAAAAGGAAAAAAAAAUUGAAACCCAAGGAAAACACCAAAUUGGAACAAUUUUGUCUAUAUGCAGUGAAAGUGAUCCUGAAAGCUGGCAGCAUCCCAGAGCUGGUGGGACUUGGGAGCACGAGGCAGCUCCAGCGUGGAGGAGGAUGAGGGAGGGACGUGUCUGCUGUGGACUGUACCACGCACAUCCAGCUGUUGUUAACUGGUUUUUAUUAUUUUGUUAUUCUAUUAUUUUUGGCUUUCUUUCCUUUUAAGAAAAUCAGUUGCAUAAAUAAAUGUUCCAAAUUUGUGGUG